CCCUUUCCCCAGCGCGGCCAGAGAGAGAGAGACUAGAGCCAGGGCUCAGAAGGAGCUCGAGCCGUCGCCAGCAGCAGCAGCGGCGGCGGCGGCAGCAGCAGCAGCUGAGGUGGCAGAGGCAGCUGAGAAGCAGACGGGGUCCCGGCUGCGGAGGCUUCAGGGCACAGACCGACCUGCAUCCCCGCCCUCCUCUAUCCCCAGGACAGAGCCCGGCCGCUGCAGCGAGGUCUGCAGGACAAGGCUGGACAAAGCAAGAUGGCAGGGAUCUUAGCCUGGUUCUGGAACGAGAGGUUCUGGCUCCCCCACAAUGUCACCUGGGCAGAUCUGAAGAAUACAGAAGAAGCCACCUUCCCCCAGGCUGAAGAUCUCUAUCUCGCUUUCCCCUUGGCCUUCUUCAUCUUCAUGGUCAGGCUGGUCUUUGAAAGAUUCAUAGCCAAACCAUGUGCCUUAGGGCUUAAUAUCCAGGCCAAUGGACCACAGAAAGCCCAGCCUAAUGCCAUUCUGGAAAAGGUCUUCACUGCAAUUACAAAGCAUCCAGAUGAGAAGAGACUGGAAGGUCUUUCCAAGCAGCUAGACUGGGAUGUUCGCAGUAUCCAGCGCUGGUUUCGACAGAGGCGCAACCAGGAGAAACCUAGCACUCUUACUAGGUUCUGUGAGAGCAUGUGGCGAUUUACAUUUUACCUUUAUGUGUUUACCUAUGGAGUCCGGUUCCUAAAGAAGACACCCUGGCUGUGGAACACAAAGCAGUGCUGGUACAAUUAUCCAUAUCAGCCACUGACACCUGACCUUCAUUACUACUAUAUCCUGGAAUUGUCCUUCUAUUGGUCCUUAAUGUUCUCUCAGUUCACUGACAUCAAAAGGAAGGACUUCGUUGUUAUGUUCCUGCAUCACCUUGCAACCAUUUCCCUGAUCACCUUUUCAUAUGUCAACAAUAUGGCCCGAGUGGGGACCUUGGUCAUGUGUCUCCAUGAUGCAGCUGAUGCUCUGCUGGAGGCUGCCAAAAUGGCAAAUUAUGCCAAGUUUCAAAAACUGUGUGACCUAUUGUUUGUCAUGUUUGCAAUAGUCUUCAUCACCACAAGACUUGGUAUAUUUCCUCUCUGGGUAUUAAAUACAACAUUGUUUGAAAGCUGGGAAAUUGUGGGACCCUACCCAUCCUGGUGGGUUUUCAACUUGUUGCUGUUGCUAAUUCAAGCCCUGAACUGCUUCUGGUCUUACUUGAUUAUAAAGAUAGCUUGCAAAGCUAUUUCCAAGGGCAAGGCUGGGAAAUGGAAUCCUUUGCAUGUGUCCAAGGAUGACCGAAGUGAUAUUGAAUCCAGCUCAGAUGAGGAAGAUUCAGUGCUUCCUGCAAAGAACCCACAUAACCCCACCACCAACACCAAUGGGACCAGCGGCACCAGUGGCACAAAUGGGUAUCUCACGGGGGGUCCGUGUGCAGAGGAACACUAACUACUCUAAACCACAAGACCUGAACAAAGUGAACUCUUUGCUACUGGAAGUAUUUAACUAAGUUGUGAAUGCGGUCCCUUCCCUAUAUCUCAGCAUCAGAAACAAAAAUUAGGAUUAUCAAAGCAUUCUGAUAGUGCACUGCCAUAUUUCCUGUCUGUGAAUGAAGAAGACUUUCCAUUCUCUAUAUGUAGGCAUGCUGUAUGUAUAUGUUAUUGACCCAAAUGGGAACAGUAUUUUCAUAUGUAAUGUCUUUGAAUAUUAUUUAUUUUUUGUAUUUGUUUGUAAAUCUGUGGACAAAAGGGAACUGCCUCACUCCUUUUACUCUGCAAAUUCUUUAUGAGAGAAAGAGAUGCUCCGAUCUCUUCUAUCCCUUCUUGUUGCUGUAGCUUAGUCCGCUAUAAGUAUUUGUCAGCUUGAAUUGUCACUUAUAGUAAGCUAAAGGCAGCUUUGCAUAUUACAGCUCAGCUCCAGAUGCGUUUGCCUCCUUUGUGUUAUAGUGCUGGUUUUGACAUUGCUGAUCAAUUCACAGUGGCUGUUCUCCCAAUGUAAAGUUUAAACAGGCUGAAUUAGUUUUGUAAGUAGUCUCUCUAAUGUGAUCAAUUAGCAGUUCAAAUUAAACAGUGGUUAUUAUAGGGUAUUAUUUUAGCAUUGUUUUAAAACUAAAUUGGUAGUUAAUUGCAUUAGAAUAGGCUCCAUUACUUGUGUGCAUACCCGUGAUAUAUUCAUGUCAAUGGCUAUGGUAAAUUCCUAGUUGCAGAUUAAUUCUGCCUUGUAAGCUUAACCCCGGCAGGAUACAGCAUCUUGCAUUGCUUCUGGUUCAGCUGAGAAACACUUGCUCAGGUCCAUAGUUGUAAAUGGAGAAGUCACAUUUAAUAUUGAGAAUUUGUCUCUGUGAGCUGGGAAGAAUGAAAGCAGUGCCCACCAGCUCAAAGAUUAGUCAUUAUUGCAUGCAUGCGCAGAAAGCUUUCAGCCAGGCUUCGCUGCUCUCACUGUAAUUGCUGUAGUAGUCUGCCUUGUCGUGGAAGAAAGCAGGCUGAAAGUCUUGCUCAAACAGAAAAGUCGAUUCUUAGAGCCUUCGAAGAGUUCUCCCUGGUGUUGAGCACUUUAUUGCAUCCAGCUUUUAAAACUCCUAUAGUAUUUGACCUGGGCGUGUGUGUGUGUGUGUGUGUGUGUGUGUAUGUAUGUGUAUGUGUGCACGUGUGCAUAUGUAAUUAUUAUGCCUGACAAAAUCAGAAGGAAAAGAAUAUUUGACCUUCUUCCUCAUGCAAAAACCAGAAUGAUUUGCCUAUUCCACAAACUAAGCUACUGUCAGCUUGAUGCUCGAUAUCCCUCUAUGUAGACUUGUUUUGUUUCAAGCAAAGUUUCCACAGGAAACUAACUAUUCCUAUUGGAAACAUUAACUUACUCUUGGAAAAUUGCUGUCCCCAGCGGUGGCUGGAUCAGCAGUGAGAGAUUUCUGGGCAACAGACUUGCUUAAACCUCCUUUCUGACAGUGUUAUAUGUGGGAAGGAAGAACAGAAGGAAGGAAGGAAGGAAGGAAGGAAGGAAGGAAGGAAGGAAGGAAGGAAGGAAGGAAGGAAGGAAGGAAGGAAGGAAGGAAGGAAGGAAUGAAGGAAAUAAGGAAGGAAGGAAGGAGAACAUGAACCAAAGAACUUUUUUUUUUUUUAUGUAGGAGGGAAGGAGGAAGGAACAAUAGCUUUUCCUCCUUAUCACAAGAAUAAAGAAUUGUCUCAGCUAGAAGAUCACACAUUAAAGAAUUGAAUCUUCCCACUUCUUCAGAAAACAGUUUCUGGUUUAACCCAUCUCAGAGAUUGAGGAGAUUUGGAAAGAUAUGAGUCAUUGAGAAAGCAAUAUUCCUACUUCUCAUAGAAUCCCAUUUCUUCAGUUCAGAAAAUGAGGAUGUGUGUGUGUGUGUAUUUGUGUGUUUAUGUUAGCAAUCAAAAAGAAUUAAUAGCACUUGUUUGUCAUCUGAAAACAUGCUGAAAAUGUGAGCUGUUUUAAAAUAAUGUCAAGCAUGUUAGAAAAUUAAGAACAGAAAGUUCAUCUUAUAUCUUUUAAAAUAAAGACAGAAAAGGUUAUGUGCUACCCUGCUUUAGUUUCUAUGGUCAGUUUUCAGUCCAGUUGAUUUCCAGCAGAAAUAGUGGGCUGUAAGCAACAUAUCCUAAGUAUAUGUGGGAACUGGUCCCAACGAGGCCGCGUGCUCUUCUAUUUGUUUGGAAAAGUAAUUUCAGAACUGUGAGUUUUGGAAUACUUGGCAUAGGAAUCAUUGCUUAAAGAUUAGGUAGAUGAUUUCUGAGCGUUGUUCAGGUCAGGUUGUGGUUUAUAUUUUUACCCAGAAGGUCAGUUAGCAGGAGGUUUGGAAAGACCCCAAAGAUAGCACCAUACCAAUUGAUUUUAAUCUAACCAAGUCCUUCCAAGAAUCUGCAGAUCCAUAUUUCAUUCAGUGCCCUUGGGCAGGGAGUUCUUUUAAUUUAACAACUUUCAGUUUGUUGGCUCCCUUGAUAAACUAUUAUAUGUAUGUACAAAUAUGCAUAUUAUAUAUGCAUAUAUGCAUUUUGUGUGCAUAUAUGUAUAUACAUACAUAUAUUGUAUUCUGAACCCCCUCAAGGCUAGGUGAGGGUCAUGUAUAACAUAAACCAACCUCAUAGCCUUGGAAGCUUAGACUGUACAUUUAAACAGGUUGAUAGUUUAGCAUAACAUAGCCCUGAGUAGACGUCAUUCACCCUUCAGUUUGCAUUCAUGCCAUCCAUCUGUGGGAAGGUGAAAGAUAGAAAAACUUCAAAAUGUUAUAGAUUUUCUUGACACGUUAGGGAAAAACCAGAAUUAGAUGGUUAGAAUUUGGCCUUGAGUCAAAUUGAACAACUGAUAUAUUUUUAAAAUUGUGACCUGUGUAUUUUUGUGUGUACAUUUAAUCCAAAAAGUAGGAUUAAGCCAAACCACGCGUAGCCUUGGCCGGGUCCUUUUGUAAAGCUGCCACCAUACGUCUCUUUCACCUUUUCCUCCAUUGUUGACUUUCCCGUUACACUGCUGACCUAAACAAAAGUUAUAGAAAACCGUAACUUGGGGUGCCAAGAGAGCAGAGUCUUUCUGACUACAGUGUAUAAACUGGUUAUAGUUCAUGCUUUCUAGCUGCAUCAGUAGAAUUAGGGCUUUGUCUGUUAAUGGAAGUGAGGGGAGUGGGAGGGACAAUUGUUAAUGUUUGGGACUUAUUUUUAGCUUAAUUUUUCCAGAUAUACAUACUGUAGACACCUCUCCCCGUGACUUCGUUAACAUCCAACCCCAACUGUGCUGGUAGACAGACUGUGCUCUGGGGCUCAUUCAGAUAAGGAAGUAGCCUUUUAAUGAAGAUGAAUCUAUGUGGGGAAAAUGGGCAAUCCUCCAAAAAUGCAGCCAGUUGAGAAAAGAAAAACGUCAGAUCUCUACUGGCCAAAAAUGGAAGAGAAAUAUAAAAAAUAUUCCAUUCUUUUGCCAAAAUUACAACCCUAAGUAUUUGAUAGAGUUUACUUUUUAGCACACUGCAUUCUCUAAUCCACAAAGAAUACCACAAAAGAAAGGAUCUGAGCCUUUCACAGUAAUGUCAGUGUUAUUUGGUCUGAAGUUUAAAAAAAAAAAGUCAUUGUUUCAGUUGGCUCAAGCCUAUCCCAUUACUGUUCAUAAAGAAAGCCGAGGGACUGAAAAAUCAUUCACUCACACCAUUAUCUUGCACAGAGAGUAGUUUGCACUCAGAAAUUUCUGUCAGCAUCUAGAAAAUAUCUAGUAGAGUAUUAUUCUAAGUCUUCAUGCCCAUUAUAAGAUUUUAAUUAUUUAAAAAAAUCAAUACAAAAUAAUUCUAAAGACUAAACUUUUUUUAGUAUAUGCCCCAGGGUCAUGAUUAUAUUCAAAUGAAACAUUUUGUAAAUUUUAAACAGAAAUGAUUUAUUGUUAUUGUAAUUACCAGAGAGGUCUCAAGAUAUCCUUUAGAAACAAGAAAACCUGUAUUCACAAUCCAUAGUAGGGUUUAAGGUCCUAAGAAUGUCCCCCCUUUUCCUCAAGUAUUGUGCUGACAGUGACCUCUAGGUUUCUGUUCUGUAUGCUUAUCAUAGAUUAGGGAAGUAAUUGCUGGGGCACUGAUACAUCAGGUCAUAUGCAAAAAAAAAAAUUAAAUACUCGUCAGCUUGGUCACAAAGGGACCAAAGUAAGUGACUUGUAGUUCCUAUCAAACCUGCGUAGAAAAAUAAAUUCGUUUGGCUUGUUGGCCUUGCCUCAUAACAUACUAGAAAGAACUGACCAGGUUUUCAUAAACAGCCUUCGGAGUCAUCAAAGAUAGAGUAAAAUAAUGCCCGGAAGGAGCUUGUGACCUCCAGAAUCAGCUUGACUUUGUCAGUAAAAUGAAGUUGUGCCAUUCCCAGAAUACCAAAAAGACUGUGCUGUUUCAUUGUUGCCAAUUCUUAAUAACAAAAUAUCAAAGAAAAACAUUUAAAGCCAAAUUCUGCCUUCUGCUAUAAUGGGCGGCGCGCACCUAGCACAAUGCCCAGCUUGUAUUCAGAAAAUGUUUGCCUAUGAUAUAAUAUAAUGCUUAACCACGGGGAAGAUUGAGUCUUUCCUGUUGAAAGCCUAAGGUGGUGAGAAGCAGGUAUUAUUAUCCCCAUUUUAAAGAGAAGGAAAUUGAGGGUCAAAUUGACUUGCACAAGGUCAUACA